GUGAAAUGUUCCCGUUAUAAUAAUCAGGCAUGGUAAAUGACCAUUUUGACAUAAGUAAGACAAAGAACUUGGUUUUAUUGCUAUUCAAUAACCACUUUGCUAAAAUAUUCUGAAGGUAAUCAGACUAAAAAGUAAGAAAGAAAUUGUGAAUGUAUUAGUAAAUUUUUAUGACAAAGACAAAAUGCAUACACCGGAAGAUUUAGGAAAGAAAAAGAUAAAGAAAAUAUGAACAUUAACAAAAAUGUGGAACUAUUCUUCUGUUGAUGAAGAAUUGGAGGUUUUGCAUGAUGGAGUUGGGCAACUGUUAUUUUUGUAAUUAUUGAUAAGAAAUAUAAAAGACUUGUGUGUAAUUUGAAUUACCUUAAUACAUUAUAAAUGAUUGCAUAUGUACUAUGCAGGGCAAGACAACAUAAUUAUACAUAUUGAAUAACACAAUGCUGAAGAAUUGUCUUUUCUACAAUCAUCUUUAUUUGUUCAUUUCUUUGCGGUUUAAAUGGUGUCUUACCAUAUUAUUAGCACCCUACACAUGUCACUUUGUAGUUUUCAUAGUAUAAGUAUUUAGUUUCUUUUUAAACACAUGAUAGAGGGUGCAGCAUUACAAGAGUGAAUUUUAUGAUUCAGAGCUAUACACACUUGUGCAUAGAUCUGUUUAGCAAACAAACUCUCUCUAAAACAGCAAAGCAAGUAUUAUAAUUAACUAAGAUGUAAUUCUGCCCAGCAAGUUUUGUUUAGCAGUUUUGUUUUGCUUGAUGAUCCUUUAGUUGAGGCUAUAAAACCACAGCGUUUGACAAUGCUCCAUGGCCAACUUUAUUCCCUAGUUUGGGUUAACAGUAGCCAAACCUGCAAUCUAAAAAAUACAGCAGCCUGUUACAGAUAAGGCAAUGUAAAAGAAAUGUGGUGUGAAAUUUGUUAUCUUAACAAAAUAAAUAGUUAAUAGCUUGAUGUCAACGUUGCGACCUCAAAGUAAUCUUGAAGAUUGAUCGAUAACAAGCCUCCUAUGCUGCUCUCAAUGGUGUGUGAAGCGAUCAAGUUUAGAAGGCCCUCAAUGGUGGGUGAAGCGAUCAAGUUUAGAAGGCCCUCAAUGGUGGGUGAAGCGAUCAAGUUUAGAAAGCCCUCAAUGGUGGGUGAAGCGAUCAAGUUUAGAAGGCCCUCAAUGGUGGGUGAAGCGAUCGAGUUUAGAAGGCCCUCAAUGGUGGGUGAAGCGAUCGAGUUUAGAAGGCCCUCAAUGGUGGGUGAAGCGAUCAAGUUUAGAAGGCCCUCAAUGGUGGGUGAAGCGAUCAAGUUUAGAAGGCCCUCAAUGGUGGGUGAAGCGAUCAAGUUUAGAAGGCCCUCAAUGGUGGGUGAAGCGAUCAAGUUUAGAAGGCCCUCAAUGGUGGGUGAAGCGAUCAAGUUUAGAAGGCCCUCAAUGGUGGGUGAAGCGAUCAAGUUUAGAAGGCCCUCAAUGGUGGGUGAAGCGAUCAAGUUUUAGAACUUGAACACUGGACUUCGUUUGACACAUACACUAAACCCUAGCAUUUUUUUGGAACAGGACAUCUUCUCAUUUGAAGUGAUGCAUGUACCAACAAUUAAAAAACACCUGCGAACAUAUGCCAUGAUUUAUUGAAUCAAAAGUCUGUCUAUUUUUUGUUAUGCAAGUUCGCUCCAAACAAGGCUAAAAGGCACUAUUGGUAUGGGGCUACAAGAAGAACAAUUAUUUAAAGUGGUAAGAACUCAGGGGAGCUUAAAUAUUCCUCUUAAAACAGUCUAGAUUGUAAGAUGGAGGGAAAUAAUAACUUCAAACUUUUCUUGAAUAAUCACUUCCCUACCAGG